CCUGAGAUCGGCUCACUGUGUCUGCUCCCUGAACAGCCUCACUACCGACAACGUGGCAACAAUCACAGCGAACAAAGUUGCCUUUUUCCUCAAACAUGACAAAUCCUUGGAUUGGGAUUAACAGUCACACUAAUGGAGACAACUGACUCUUUAUCAGCUCAUGUGUGUUUCCUCACCAAUGAUGUGGCAGCUGCUCAUGCACUUUGCCUUCUUCUCUGAGCUGUGUUAAAGUCUAACCUUGGAGAUGGAUCGGAGAGGCCAGCAGCUGCCUGACCCCAGUCACAGAAAACAAGACAAAGAGCAUUACUCCAGGUUUGCUCAGCAGGAAUGGGACAUGCAGUAUCCUCCGCCGGACCCCAGAGACAGGGGCCCACACUGGAGCCGCCCUGAUGCCCAUUACAUGCCUGCUUUCCCAGGCCCACCUAGAGCUCAGCUGUUUCCAUACACCUCUCAGGAUUAUGCCUAUAAUUAUGGAUGGCAGGAGCAUCACAGACCUCAGUCCAGGCAUGGUUAUGAAUAUCCCCCCCACAACCACUGGGAUUACCAGGACAGCUACGGCUAUCAUGACUACUACAGAGGACAGCAUGGACCGCGAGAUGGUUCACAGUGGGGUGUCCAUGAUUCAUGGAAAACCAGUCAGUAUCCUGAAAGGACACAUUUUGAGGGCCAUGGAGCGAGCCUCAGCUCAGAGGAGCACAGGUAUGAGCAGAGGAGAGACAACUCCAAGCAUCACUUCAGUGAUUAUAAAGACAUCGAGGAGAUUUCCUCCAACUGGCCUGGGACACUAGAAAGCUCCAAAACCUCAGGAUUGUCCUCCAGCAGCUAUGAGCUGAGUCAGUACAUGAACGGAUCUGAUCUCUGCGAUCCGGACAUUCAGCCUCCUUUCAUCACUGAUGGAGGGCAUCCAGCGGUUCAUCAGAUCUCAGCUCCUAUGAAGUAUUCAACCCCCCACGCAGUGGUGAGCUUCGGGCCUGCAGGCCAGCUCAUACGGGUCAGUCCGGCUCAGGAGAAAUUGAGUCAGCUGGAAAUCCACAGUCUGGAGGUCCUACUGAGUGAGACGCCAGAACAGCAGGAGAUGAGAAACUUUCCUGGACCUUUAACUCGGGAAGAUUUGCAUAAAGUAGAUGCAAUAGAGUUUGCCCAUCAGCAGGCAGGAGCCUGCAUGAGAGAUGGCAAGCUGCCUGAUCGGAGCUCUGCUGCCCUCUUGUGGAACCUACUGAUACUUCUCUGCAGACAGAAUGGACAAAUCGUUGGCUCAGAUAUUGCUGAGCUCCUGAUGCAGGACUCCCGUCCAGAUGGAAGCUGGAAGCCUGAUGUUCCCACACUCAUUGACUUUGAUGAGCACCCAGUAGCCACAGCAGCGCCUGCUAGAGGAGACGAUCUUCUCACAGGAGAUCCCAGCAGUUCUAGAGAGAGCCCAGAAAAGGCCCUGCUGAGUUACACUCAGCUACUGCUGGCUGGAAGGAAGAAGGAGGCCCUGGAGUCUGCUAUGACCAGCGGCCUGUGGGGGCACGCACUUUUUCUGGCCAGCAAAAUGGGCAGCAGAUCAUAUACCACAGUGCUGAGCAGGUUUACCAGCCAGCUAGUAGCCAGUGAUCCCCUCCAGACUCUGUUCCAGCUCCUGUCUGGGAGAAUCCCAGCUGCAUCUAUGUGCUGUGGAAAUGAAAAGUGGGGUGACUGGAGGCCCCAUCUGGCUGUGAUGCUCUCCAAUGAGACGGGAGAUCCCGCCGUACAGCAGAAGGCCAUCCUCACCAUGGGAGACUCUCUCGCUUCCAGGGGCCUGAUACAUGCGGCACAUGUGUGUUACCUGACAGCCGGCGCUUCCUUCGGGGUGUUUCCACAGAAGGCAGAGAGACUCGUGCUUCUUGGCAGCAGCCACAGGCAGUGUUUUGGAAACUUUGCUUCAAAUUCGGCCAUCCAGUGUACCGAGUUAUACGAGUACUGUCAGACACUUGGAGGAAAAUCCUUUUCAAUCCCAUCCUUUCAGGUGUAUAAGCUGCUGUAUGCCAGUCGGCUGCUGGACUGUGGGCUUUGGUCCCAGGCCUUCCAUUACUGCGAGGUGGUAGGGCAGGCCGUCCUCAGGCAGACGGAGCCGCACUAUGCGCUGACAGAGCAGGUUAUUAAGCUGUCAGACAGACUCAGGUUCUCAGAGGGUCAGUAUGGUGAAGCCGUGUUUGGAGGAGCAGCACAGGAACCAGAGUGGCUCAAACAGCUUCGGACACGACACCAGCGCUUACAGAUGGGGAUUUAUGACCAAAGUGAUAUAAACCACGUAGCUCCACAGAGCCAUGUUUCGGCCCAUGAUGACUGCCAGCUGUACCCAGAAUCUGACCUGGAUGAUUUAAGUUGUCAUAAAGAGGAUCCAGAGCCUGAGCUCCUUUAUUUUAGAGGCUCUGAGCAACAGGACCCUAUGAUCCACGGGACAGGAGAGGAAACGGGGGAACUGUUGUUGAUGUCGAACACUAACACACAAACACAGCACAGGCCGCAUGCCAAUACUCCUUUCAUGCCAACAAUGGUGGCUGAAACUCCCACUGUGCCCAUGAGCCAAAAUAUCAGCAAUCAUUACACGGAUGGUGUUGAAGUCAGAAGUUCCCCGCCACAUUGUGCUCUGAGUAAUCUUUCAUUGGCAGCUGCUGAGGCAGACACGUCUUCUGAGCCGGGGACGGACAUGAACAAUCAGAUGCUUGAGGUUAACACCAGUCACGAUCAAAGCCAGCGGGUUAUCACUGGCCCCUCAGAGGAGUCUGAGGGGCCCAAAGAGGCUCCUAAACAGAGCGCAAAAACCGGGUGGUUCAGCGGCUGGUUCAAAUCGAAGCCAAAAGAAGCCCAAAAGGAAACUAGAGAGAACGACAUUCCAGCUCAGACGGACCCGCUCCCACCCGUCAGCCACCACCCUCCUCGUCCCGGCACAUUUCCCCCCUCCCUCUCCCCUGCUGGGGUCAAUCCUUUCUCAAGGAAAGCAGGCCAGCAGCCAAGGUAGUAAAUGCCGCAUAACUCCAUAACAGACUCCUACAGCUGAAUCACCACCGCGCUGCAUGCAAGGCACAGAAAUACCAGCCACUCAUAUUGCACAGCUGAGGCAUGCUUCCUGAAAGCUGACUGUGGGGAAAGUACCACGGGAUGCAGGACGGUAUCACUGGCAAAGAAGCUGGAAGCCAACUUUAAUGACUUUUACACACUACUUUACGGUUCUGAUUGUGCAAACCCAUCCUGCUGUAUCUGAUAUUUUAGCCUUUUGAAUGUUUAGAAGAAAAGUUCCAGUGUUUUUUGUUUUUUUUUAUAACAGCAACUGCCAAAAAAUCUUUUCUACCUGAUAUUAUAACUGUCCAGUAUGAUCGUCUUAGUGCUUUGAAGACAGUCCAGGCUGUCUUUUUCAGUAUUAUACUUACAAAAUGCACCCAAAAUAAAAAUAAAUAAGUAUAGCACAAAAUAUAUAGGUGUAAAUAGAUAAGAUGAGGGAACUUCCUGGAUUUUAUUUCUCAUCUUUUCUUCAUCCUUGAGAUUUUCAGCAAUCUGACCCGAUAAUCUGACUGAAUUGUUUCUGUAAAGUACCUUUAGAUUAAUUUUGAUGUGUACCUGUGUUAUAUCAAUAAACUCUAUUGAAUCAAAAUUUACAUUUAUUAAAAUGCUUUAUUAAAAAAAUACAAUUAAUAUUUAAUGUCAUAAUUUUAAAGGUAUUCCUAAUUAUCUAUUAGCAUAUUUAAUAAUUCAAUUUUACAUAUUUCAUCAUAUAAUGGUACAUAUAUUUAUUCAAUGAUGUAUUAGAUAAACUAAGUGAUAUAUUGAAUUAUUUUAUGGUACGUUAAUUUAUUUACUUUUAAAAAAUUUUAUGGUAAUUUUUUUAUUUCAUUAAAUAUUUACACCUAUUUAUUUAAUGCUGUAUUUACUGUGGUUAUUCACAGUUUUAAGCUGUUUGUUGUAUACAAGCCUGUAUAGCCAAAAACAUCACUAUUUUAUUAUUUAUCUUGUAAAAAUUUAUGUAUACUAUUGAGAGCUUUAAAGUUUUACCGACACUAAAUAACUUUUCAAACUUCAGCUAAUAUUUUUUAUAUCUUUUGUGAUUAUAAGUUGACCUACAACUAUUUGAGUGACCCCUUUCUCAUGGCCUUAUUUUCAACAUAUGAUUGGAUUCUUUAGCUCAUUGCUAUUCAUCUUUCUCAACGCCACUGGAAACAUUA